AUGAGUGGUGGGAUAAUAGAAGAACCAAGAUCAAUCCAAAAGGUCCAGAUUUUAAGCACAAGGAUACUGGUGAAUGUCUCUGGCUCAGCCCCAAUGAUCCUCCAUGGAUUAAAAGACAACUCCAACUGCAGGAUUCUACAUGGGGAGAAGAACGGCUACAAAAACAUGAGAGUUCCCGUUCAACUGUGUCCCCGUUGUUCUAUGAUGGCUCGGAAAGCAUCUGAAAGCUCUAAUAGAGAACAGAAACCAAACAUUAGAUACUGCCAUUAUUUCCCUUCAAUUGCUUCUACAGCUCGAUUGCUGUUGCUUAUUGCCUCUAUACAAAGUGAUCAACUGUAA